AUGCGUUUCUUGGUGAUCCUAAUGCUUGCGGCUACGGUGGUCGGCUUGGCCUAUGGGGAAGACGAAAAGUCUCGAAAGCGCCGAAACUUUAUCGAGUGCUCGCACGACGGCGAUUGCGGCAGGAACCAAAUUUGCGAAUGGUCGGAGAAUGGCCUGGGCGACCGAUGGAGUCGAUGUGUCCAUGGCGAAAAGCCCCGAAAUCGUCGUGGCGCUGUGUCGUGCCGUCAGGAUAGCGAGUGCUGGAAAUAUGGCCCGAAUUCAAGAUGCGCAGUGUUGGGCGGAGAUUUGUGGGGCAACGGCGUAUGCGUCGGC